AUGUCGACGAGAAUUCCUCUUCUUUAUUCGCACUCUAAGGGAGCUGGUCAGUUCGACGCACAGAAGAUCAUAGACGUGUUCACCAGCCAUGGCCACAGACAAAUUGACACAGCUCGUAUAUACGGGGGUGGGACGUCAGAGGAGAUCAUCAGCCAACUCGAUCUGAAAGGAUGUACCGUAGAUACAAAGGUCUAUCCAACUGCACCCGGGGACUUCGCGGCGGACAGAAUUCGGGCGUUGCUCGAAAUUUCUAUGAAGGCGCUGGGAAAAACGAAGAUCAAAGUAUACUAUCUGCAUAAACCGGACAGGAGCGUUCCGAUUGAAGAUACGCUUCGUGUCAUCAAUGAACUGUAUAACGAAGGCCUCUUCGAGGAGUUUGGUGUCUCGAACUAUAACGCUUGGGAGGUGGCCGAGAUGGUUGGCAUAGCGGAUUCCAACGGAUGGGUCAGACCCACUGUAUAUCAAGGACUCUAUAAUGCACUUGAACGAAGAGUUGAAACAGAGUUGUUCCCCUGCCUCCGGCACUUUGGAAUACGGUUCUAUGCAUAUAGCCCACUAGCGAGCGGUUUACUUGCAGGGAAAAUUCUUUCAGAAGCGGACAUGCAAACUGGUAGAUGGGAUCCCAACGUGUCUCCAAUCGCAGAUUCUCUGCGCGCGAAAUAUUCGCUGCUUAUCCCUAUCCUGCGAGAAUUGAAAGUUGUGCUCGACAAGCAGGGGAUUCCUCUUUCAGAAGCUGCGAAUCGUUGGCUUCAACAUCACAGCGGGCUGCAGCCCGGUGAUGGCAUUAUUAUCGGUGCCAGUAACGUUGACCAACUCGAGAAUAAUCUGAAGGAAAACGAGGGUAGAGCACUUUCUGACGACGUCGUCAAAUUGCUGGAGGAUGCGUGGGGGCAAGCCAAAGGUGUCGCACCGCACUACGCAUUUUGA